GUCCCUUGCAUGGAGCCGGGAACCCCUUUAGAAUGAGAUAAGUGCCAUUGAGUACUUAACUUGUAUCUUGCAAGUAGAGCUUUCUUUUUACGUGAGCAGAUCUGUCCUGGGUGCCGCCUCCCGCCUUCCAUGAUGAAAGUUUCUAUGGGUCGGGGGGGGUAUAUCUACCCUCAAAGAACCCCGCGAAGUUUGCCCCUCACCUCCCUUCACCAACUAUACUGUACCUUACAUUGUCCAUCACCAACUUACCUACCCUACCUUACCCAAGAUCACAAGUGAUACAAACCAAUUGUCUUCUCGUCCUCCUAGUGUCCGUCACCUAAGCCUAAGCCAUGGCACCUCACGCAGACGGCGCCGCCACAUCCUCGACCAGCGGGAACAAUGACGUACCGGCCAGGUUCCACGCUUCCUCGACCGACUCCGCCAUCGCUGCCGAGAACGAGUACGCUGCGCACAAUUAUCAUCCCCUCCCUGUUGUCUUCGCCCGCGGCCAAGGCAUCCACGUCUGGGACCCGGAAGGCCGCCAGUACAUGGAUUUUCUUUCUGCCUAUAGCGCCGUGAACCAGGGCCAUUGCCACCCGGAGCUCGUCAAGGCCCUCGCCGACCAGGCGGCCCGCCUGACCCUCUCCUCCCGCGCUUUCUACAAUGACGUCUUUCCCCGCUGGGCCGAAAAAGUCCGCGCCGUCUUCGGCUUCGACAUGGUCCUACCCAUGAACACCGGUGCCGAGGCUGUCGAGACGGCCAUUAAAAUCGCUCGCAAGUGGGCUUACAAGGUUAAAGGCGUUCCGCAGGGGAAGGCCCUGGUCUUUUCCGUCCAGGACAACUUCCAUGGCCGUACUAUGACUGCCAUCUCCCUUUCCACCGACCCUGAAUCCCGUGACAACUAUGGCCCUUACGUUCCGAACAUCGGCGCCUACUCCCCCUCCACAGGGAAAGCGAUUCGCUACAACAACAUUGCCGAUCUCGAGGAGGUUCUCGAGGCCCACGGCAAGGAGACGGCCGCCUUCAUCGUCGAGCCCAUCCAGGGUGAAGCCGGCGUGGUUGUCCCGGACGACGACUACCUGAGCAAAGCCCACGCCCUGUGCAAGAAACACAACGUGCUCCUCAUCUGCGACGAGAUCCAGACGGGGAUCGGCCGUACGGGCCGCAUGCUGUGCUCCGAGUGGUCCGGCAUCAAGCCCGACAUGGUGACCCUCGGCAAGGCCAUCUCGGGCGGCAUGUACCCCGUGUCGGCCGUCCUGGCGCGCCGCGACGUCAUGCUCGUCGUCGAGCCCGGGACCCAUGGGUCCACCUACGGUGGUAACCCUCUCGGAUGCGCCGUGUCCAUGCGCGCUCUCGAGAUCAUGGAAGAGGAGGACCUCACCGCCCAGGCGGAGCGGCUGGGUUGGAUCUUCAGAGAAUCCAUCAUUGCAUUCAAGUCUCCCAUCAUCCAGACCGUCCGCGGCAAGGGCCUGCUCAACGCUAUUGUUAUUGACGAAUCUGCCACCUCUGGAAGGACGGCUUGGGACUUUUGCGUCUUGUUGAAGGAAAAGGGAGUAUUGGUGAGUCAAAACCAGCGGAUUGUCCCUUGGUCUUCUGCAUUUCCUGGUCUUUUUUUUUUCUUUUUUUCUUUUUUUCUUUUUUUCUUUUUUUCUUUUUUUCUUUUUUUCCCCUCGGGAAAGUUGGGGCGGGAAGAAGAGGUCACGCGACCGAAAAGAGGGGGACGACAGGAGAUGCGAUAGGCCAGCGGCUAGCAAGAGGCUGACUGGUAUGUGAAUCACAGGCCAAACCGACACAUGGGAACAUUAUCCGAUUUGCUCCCCCGCUCGUCAUCACCGAG